AUGGUGGGGGCCCGCGGCGAGCUCCGCUUGGGAUGUGCGGCUCAGCCGAUGCCUCCGCCACAGAGGCUCGGCGCCCGGCCCGGCCUGGGCUGCAGCAGCUCAGCGCAGCGAACAACUCCGGCGGCCCCUCUCCGCGCCCGCGCGCCCGCCCGCCCGCCCUCUCUCCCCCGCUUUCCCCCCCGGGCCCCAGCUCCGCCGCACUCCAGCAGCUUAACUGCCUGCCCCCCGUCAGCGACUCCCUCUGAUAUAGCGGCCCCGCCUCCUCCGGAUGGGGUGCCGGCCAAUCACGGGGCUCCAUUCCCUUGGUCCUCGGCCCCGAUCGGCCAAUCGCGAAGGCUGGCCGCGUCUCCAGGCCCGAGCCUGAGCGAGCCGGGGCGCUCGCCCCGGGCUGCCUGCUCCGGGGCGCCUCCCGGGCAGCCAAAGGGAGGCAGAGAGGGCGAGUCUGGAGAUACAGUAUCCCCUGGCUCGGAGGCGGAGCUCUUUCUGCAAGAGCAAUGA